CACCACCACUCUGUGAUGCAUGUGUUUAUGUUACUGUUCUAGGUUAGUGGAACAGUUGAGCCAAAGAGACGCCGUUAUGCGUCUUUAAAGUUGUUCUUUUCUGACACCGUUUUCUGAUAGUGACGGCUCAAUUGGAUACCAAAAAAGGCCAGAAUAAGUCUACCUGUGAUUCUGUGUUGCCAUGGAGAAGGCUUGGAGGGUGGAGUUUAGGAACGUGGGUAGUAGCUACUUCCCUCAGAGCCGCGUGGAGUGCCACUACAGUGUCAGCUCACAACAUACCUGGGCCAGACAUGACUGGGUCGGACUCUUCAAGGUGGGAUGGUCGUCAGUGAAAGACUACCAUACUUUUGUCUGGGCCCUGGCUCCGGCAGGCUACCAGGAGGGCACAGAUGUCAACUGCUGUGUCCAUUUCCAGGCCUCCUACCUGCCCAAGCCCAGUUCCCAACAGUACCAGUUUGUGUACGUGGAUGGGAAGGGAGAGGUGUGCUCUGCCAGCCCCCAGUUUACCUUCAGUGCCCCCAAGCCUCUGGAAGACCUGGUCACCCUGGAGGAAGGAGCCCACGGAGAGGAGGGAGGGACUGACAUGCUGCUGGUUGUACCCAGGGCUGAGCUACUGCAGAGUCGCCUGCAAGAGUGUCUGCGUGAGCGGGCCGAAUUGAUCCAUGCGCGGGAGGGGGCAGAAAGGAUGAAGCAGAGAGAGAAGGAGAAGUACGGGAAGGCGAGAGAGGCUUGGGACAGAGGACGUGAGCAGCUGGAGAGGAACAUCUCUGAGCUGAAGGAAGAGCUGCAAGAGAGCAGAGACAGGAUGGAAGAGAUGGAGAGGAGGCAGGAGCAGGUGGAGGCGUCAGGGGAGGCCUUGGCUCAGGAGAAGAGUUCCAUACUGGCCAAGAAAGCAGCCAACAAACAGCGAAUCAGAGAGCUGGAGGAUGACAUUAAAGCGCUAACUCUGAAAGCUGUGGAACGAGAGACUGAGCUGGAGAGGAUGAAGGAGAGGGACAAAAAGCAAGCAGUUCAAAUGAUGGAGGAUGAGAAAGAGAGGAAAGUUCUGCAGCUCAAGCUGGAGCAGACCGAGGGGGAACUGCGGAGCCUGUCUGCUGAGUUCCAGGGUCUGAGGAGCUCCAUGGCCCAGAGAGACACACAUGCCCUGCAGCUACGGGAUACCAUCACCACCCUCACACACAGACUCAACAUGGCACAGAGGAAAGAGGCGGAGAGCGAGGCCUCCCUGGCUGAGAUGUGGGGCCUGCGGGAGCGUCAGGGGGCCAGCGAGCGUGGUGCAGAGGGCCUGAAGGAAGAGCUGUGUGCUCUAGUGGCCCAGAGGGACCAGGGCCAGACAGAGCUGCACCAGGCCAGGCUCCAGGCGGCACAGCUCACCCUGCAGCUAGCUGACGCCAACCUGACUCUGAGGGAGGGCAGAGCACACUGGGCCCAGGAGAGACAGAGCCUGCAGCGUACCACUUCGAAGGACAGAGAGCGUCUGGAGAAGCUGAUUGGAGAGAUGCAGUGGAUUGAGGAGAAGCUUCAGGAGGAGAGGAUGGAGAGAAAGAAGGUGGAAGUGGAGCUGGGAAGAGAGAAGGACUGUAACCGGGUGCAGCUGAGUGAGACACGCAGGGAGCUCCAGGAGCUGAAGGCCAGUCUGAGGGUGGCCCAGAAGGAGGAGGAAGAGCUGCUGCUGGAGAAACAGGACCUGAUGGAGUACAUGCGUCAGGUGGAACAGAGGAUGGAGGCUGUGGCAGAUGCCAAGUGGAGCGCUGCAGUGUUCGCCCCCACCAGUCUCCCUGACAGUUCUCUGUCUGACUCUGAGGAUGAAAACCCUGAGGCCCUGCAGCCCCCCCGCCAGAACUCUCUGUCCUCCCGCCCUCUGGCCCACUACAGCCUGUGUGACCCCCAGGCCCAGCCUGACUCCAUGCUUCCCUCCACCCCCCCUUCCUCCCCCAGGGAUAUGUCACGGCCCCUCUCCCGAGGGGGCGUAGUCAUCAGCCAGCCCGCCCCCCUUUCGUUGCCAAGGCAAUCAGAAGAUACCCUGACACACAGCUCUGAGUCGGAGGAGGAGGGUGACACAGCCCUAUGUGGAGGACACAGCUCUGGAGACGAGACAGCUCUGCUGCUGCCUGAGACCACUGUCCUCAGUGACCUGGCUGAUACCUCUCAGUGGUAGAAUGGCGAUGCAGGAUCAGAUCUACACCAGCACUGGCUGUUUGGCCAUUACUUUAACUUGCCAUUCAGCACACAAGCACAUACACUACAACUCACCUCUACUCUUGACAAACUAUGUUAAUAUGCAAUUUGCUUUUACAUUUUAUAUGAACUCUUUCUUUGACGUAUGACUAUAAGGCUGUUGUGUUGCCCCCAUUAUACUUAACCUGGUCUUAAGAAUGACAUAAUACCUGUCAUAAUAGCUGAAAUCGUAGUUACGACCUGACAUAGGACUGUUAUAAAGCGUAAAACAUUUGACAUUUUAAAGGGUUAAUUCGAUUUGAAAUAGUAAUGUUUUAUAACAGGGUUAUUUCAGUUGCAGGAGGAGUUGAUGUUGUGAGCUUUAUGGAUUGUGUCACUUUAUGAGGCAUCAUGACAGGUCACUAAUUAACAUAAGUCAGUUAUUGAAGGCUCCCUCUCUGAUUUCAGUCGAGCCAGAAAGAAAUACUGUAGAAUUGUUUCAACGUUUCGUCUCCUAGAAAAGAACGAUGAAAAACAUUGCAUUUAUUUGUUACAGUAUAUUCAUAGUAGUCUGGUUGAGUCAGUCUGGUUGAUUAGGCUGUAUUCACAGUUCUCUCCAUUAUAAAAUCGAAAAGUUGCUUUUAACUUUUCUGUCUGCGCAGCAAACUUUUACCUUUUCAGAAUACUGUAAUUAUAGUUAUUGAAACACACUACAACUAUAUUAGAAGAAUCAUUGUAAAGUACUGACACAUAACAUGAUUUUCCUCAUAUUCAAACCUAAGAUUUUAUAUUAUAAGCACUUUCUGUUCUUCAUUAUUAUUUGAUUCUUGCUUUAUUAAUGCUGUCCUAGUGCUAGUUGAGAGGAUAAUUACAGACAGAGAAGCAUCUGAAAUGGGAAAAACGGUUGGGGGAAGUUAUAGAGAGAUUAAUCAGGAUGAAUGGUAGAGCAGAAUGGUAGUUAGAGUGGUCGGAGUGACAUUUUAAUGUUCUCUCAUGUUUUUAUUAAUCUCAUAAUAUAUUCUAUCCUCAUUUACAUAAAGCUAUUGCUCCUGCAGGCUGGUAGCUGUAGAGUCCCUGCAAUAAGAGCAUACAUCAUACCACAUUUUAACCUUAAAUCAGUGUUUGGUUUUAAAGCUAAAUCAAUGUAUUUGUUAUAGAAGAAGUAUUUCUAGAUGAUCCGUUUUAUUAGACUAGAUGUACUGUACAUGGUCAUGCUCAAAGCUCUGCUUUAGAGUGAUGUAGUUCUACAUUUGUGCCUAAAUAACAAAUUGGGAAAUGAAUAGUCUCUUCUUCAGCCAAGCAUCAUCAGUCUGGCAAACAAGACUUGUAAACUAAGGAAUCUCAUGAUAACAUAAUGUAAUUUAUAGAUACAGAUGUAUCGUAAUCAAGUUAUAUCGUAAUGAAGUUAUGUUCUGGUUUAGUUUAAGUUAAUGACAUUUGAUAAGAAGAGAAUACUAAAGCUAGGUCAUUUAAAGGGGCAAUCUGCCAUUGUUGUUGUUUGAACUGCAGAUUGCCCCCUUUAAGAAAGAAUAAGGUGCCAGGGACACUUUUUGCUUGGUAUAUUUGUAAUUUGCUCUAUUUGCACCUGUUUUUUUUGCAGUAAGAGAUGUUUUGGGGGCUACAUUGCUAUUUUAUUUUUACACUUGGAUACUCCUUAUUAAUCCAGUCUGUUAUUAUCAUAAUCAUUACCAUAGUGUUUUGUUUACUCUCUUGUUUGUCUUUCUCUGAUUUUCUUUCUAAAAGUAAAUGUAACCUCUCACAACUAUCUGAUAAGGUUUGAAAUGUUAGCCCAAAGGGUCGAGAUAUUGAUUCUACUGUAUAGGACAUCACUGUGUUCCUUCACACAGAGGUGUAGCUGUAGGGAAAGUGUGACAUCUGUCACAUACACAGAGCCUUCAGAAAGUAUUCACACCCCUUGACUUAUUCCACAUUUUGUUGUGUUACAGUCUGGAUUCAAAAUGGAUUAAAUAGAUGUUUUCUCUCAACCAUUUACACACAAUAUGCCACAAUGGAAAAGUGAACACAUGCUUUUCUUUGCACAUUUAUUGAAAAUAAAAUACAGAAAUGCACUAAUUCAACUGUGAUGGACAUCAUUGAUAAUUGAAGGCUGUGCUUCAGAGGGUUUUGGAGUACCCCUCUUCGUCUCUACACCCUUUCAGCUCUACCUCUAGUGUAAUCUAGUACUACAUCUCUAUUAGCUACUGUGGGUGGGUGAAUUUGACAUCCUGGUAUGUGCACCCAAAGUUGCGUAGCACUGAGAUCUAUCCUUUUUGUUGACGUCAUUUUAGAUUUCUGUGGGAGUUCUAUUCUUUGUCUACUGUGAGCUACAUGAGUGUAUGCUGUAACUUCCUUCCAGGAUACCUACCUACUCUCAUUGCUAUACGGCUCCAGUGGUUUGCUGGUGUGUAUGAUGUUUUGUUUGUGGAGGUCAUCUUACCUAUUUAAAAAAUGUAUAUUCUUUGGUAUUUAUAUAUAGGGUCAUUAAGCGUGUGGAUUUGUUUCUGUAAUAAUAAUUAAAAAAAACAGAUCUGUAUCAA